CGCCCCCUGAUGCUGACGUCACCAGAAGAAAAACGCCGUGUGCUUGAUGGCCAGGAAGCGAGAAAGAAAGCUGAGUGUCGGAGUUCGAGUUCUUUAGCGCCAUGCUUCUGCACAGGCUCUACCGGGCCGUUAUCAUGGGGCCUCCCGGCUCCGGUAAAGGCACCAUUUCCGGCCGCAUCAGCAAAAGUUUGGGCCUCCAGCACAUCUCCAGUGGGGACAUUCUGAGAGCCAACAUCGACGCUCAAACUGAGCUGGGGCUGCUGAUGAAGGCGAGUAUCGAUGAAGGCCAGCUGGUUCCAGAUCAGAUCAUAUCUCGCCUUAUCCUCGGAGAGCUGACACUCCUGCAACACAGCAGCUGGCUGCUAGACGCAGGUUUCCCUCGCACGUUGUCUCAGGCAGAGUCUCUGGAGGAGAGUUACAGCGUGGACACGGUCAUCAACCUGCAGGUUCCUUUUCACAUCAUCAGACAACGACUGACUUCUCGCUGGACUCACCUGCCCAGCGGCAGAGUUUACAACGUGGACUUCAACCCGCCUAAAGUGCCUGGUCGUGAUGAUGUCACAGGUGAACCUCUGAUCCAGAGGGAUGAUGACACACCGGAGACAGUCAUGAGGAGACUGAAGGCCUACCAAACCCAGACCGAGCCUGUCCUAGAAUACUACAGGAGUAAAGGAGUGUUGGAGACCUUCAGAGGGACAGAGACCAACAAGAUUUGGCCGCACGUUGAAGCCUUCCUACACAAAAAGUUCUCUGUGGUCAACAAGGGAGUGGCCUAGACUCUCUUAUUAUUAUUAUUAAUAUUAUUAUUACAUAAUUAUGGACCAAGUCAAUCAUGUCUCAUCUGUUUGAGACUUUUUGUAAACACUCCUAGAAGACCACUAAGGUUUCUUCAGCACCUUUAUUGUUGGGAGCGUAGUAACGUGAUUAUUAUUAAUCAUUAUUAUUACUGGUGAGAGGGAACAUGAUUAUUAAUCAUUAUUACUAUUGAGAGGAAACAUUAUUAUUAAUCAUUAUUACUAGUGAGAGGAAACAUGAUUGUUAAUCAUUAUUACUGGUGAAAGGGAACGUGAUUAUUAAUAAUUAUUACUAGUGAGAGGAAACAUGAUUAUUAAUUAUUACUGGUGAGAGGGAACAUGAUUAUUAAUCAUUAUUACUAGUGAGAGGAAACAUGAUUAUUAAUCAUUAUUACUGGUGAAAGGGAACGUGAUUAUUAAUAAUUAUUACUAGUGAGAGGGAACGUGAUUAUUACUAAUUAUUAGUAGUGAGAGAAAAUAUGAUUAUUAAUCUUUAUUACUGGUGAAAGGGAACGUGAUUAUUAAUAAUUAUUACUAGUGAGAGGAAACAUGAUUAUUAAUCUUUAUUACUGGUGAAAGGGAACGUGAUUAUUAAUAAUUAUUACUACUGAGAGGAAACAUGAUUAUUAAUAAUUAUUACUGGUGACAGGGAAUGUGAUUGUUAAUAAUAAUUAUUACUGGUGACAGGGAAUGUGAUUAUUAAUAAUAAUUAUUAGUGGUGAGAGGAAAGGAUGUAUAAGGUUCUAGAAGGAAGUGUGUGCCUUUUGGAGGAGGACUUUAAACAAAGGAACCUCCUUUCUUUCUGCCUUUUGUUGCCUUGGAGGGGGCAGACGAGCACCACGUACCCCACCUGGCAUGGUAGGGACUCUCUCAUGCACGUGUGAACGUUCAAUAAAGUGGAGGAGAUGACAAACGACAUCAACACCGACGGACAUUUUUAAAUCACCACAAAUUUUCCCAAAAAAUAAAUAACUCAAAUGUUUUUAUGCAAUAAAAA